UCGGUGCUAAGAAACCAACCAGCCACCAAUUCUCCAAUACAAAACCAUCCAUCUCCACUUCCAUUCGCAUCCUCCUCACUUCCCCAGAUCCAAAUCGCGCGCGAGAGAGCAAAGGGAGGAAGAAAGAGAUCUCGCCUAGCGCUACCCCGGAUCCGCCAUGGCCUCGGCCGCGCCGCCCCUCCUCCCCACCACCGUCCCGGCCGCCGCGCCCGCGACCGUCCUCCCCGCCGCCCCGGACGCCGCCGCCACCUCCAUCGCCUCUCCGGACCCGGCCGCCACGCGCGCCUUCCUGGGCCGCAUCUACGACUCCGCCAAGCGCUCGCUCUCGGGCGCCCGCCCCUGGCCCGAGCUCCUCGACCGCGCCGCGCUCUCGCGCCCGGACUCCCUCUCCGACGCCACCGCCCGCCUCCGCAAGAACCUCGCCUACUUCCGCGUCAACUACGCCGCGCUCCUCGCGCUCUCCCUCGCCGUCUCCCUCCUCGCGCACCCCUUCUCCCUCGCCGCCCUCCUCGCGCUACUCGCCGCCUGGUGCUUCCUCUACCUCCUCCGCCCCGCCGACGCCGCCCCGCUCAACGCCCUCGGCCGCACCUUCUCCGACAGGGAGACGCUCGGGGGCCUCAUCGCCGCCUCCGUCUUCGUCGUCUUCCUCACGUCUGUCGGUGGGAUCAUCUUCUCCGCGCUGGCGCUCGGCGCCGCCGUCGUCUGCGCGCACGGGGCCUUCCGCGUGCCAGAGGACCUGUUCCUCGACGAGGUGCCCGACCAGGGUCUCGUAGGAAACGGCGCCACCCUCAACCUCCUCUCCUUCAUCAACGGCGCUGCUGGAGGAGGAGGACGCGUCUGAGCCAGCCUCAUGUCCUCAGCUCUCUGAUCUGCUACGCGGAAGAGACAAGUAAAGUCUGUGGCUGGUUGAUUCGCUUUUUCAGAAACGAAAUACUUGUACUUGUUUGAGAUCGUACUACGCGUUGUCUUUAGGAGCGUGAGGAGGAGAUUAGAAGAGGAUGCAUUGGAGUUAUACUACACACAGGAUAUACACAUAAAAAGGAACCUUGGGAUCUAGUUUUGUUUCAUUUUGCAUUUGAUAUUGCUGUAUGAUGACAAAGUUGAGCUUAUUAGUAUUGAUAUUCAUAUGAUACGUGUCUCGUUGUUACUAGCAUACACAACAAAAUAAAUUGCUGCUCCUCGUCUUAGCAUGAAAUGAAAUAUAUGAUGAUUAAGUA